AUGAAUCAUCAACAAGCGAUGCCGGGCUUCAUCUUCCGCAUCAACGAAGUGCGCGAACACCCGAAUGUGCAACCCGCUGUGGAUAUGAAUGGAAAUUGGGAACCAACGGCCACCCCCGGAUACAACUAUGUUGUGUCUGGAGGCGUGACGAACCUGUGGUGGCUUUGCGAUGGCAACAGGAUUCGUCCUAGUCCGUUGGCUGAACACAAACUACCCCCGGGUAUGGUCCACUACAAGACGUAUUCACUCUUCUACAGCGAUGGCAGAGGUUUCUGGGUGCUACGAGGAGACGCUACAAACCCAACGCACGACGAGCCCUGGCUACCCCUAUGUUUCGACCACGACGAAAAUGACGGCUUUUCAUCGUUCCUGACAAACGCCAGAAGUGAGCCGGCCCUUCGCUGCCGCCGGACGGACCAAACCUGGGUAAAGAUGCUUUUGCCUGAUGUCAACCACGGAUCUGUUGUCGUUGAGUCCAGGCAACAGGGGGCAUUGAAAGGAGAACUGCCAAUACUCUUGGGCUUGCUAGCGUUCUCUAUCCCAAUAGAAUCGCUGCAACAGUACCUUCCGUCGAUGUUCCAUAGCGGGACAUGGCAGCAGUAUGACAUGGCAAACGGUCGCAAUCACAAACGCGGGGUAAUUGUCGAAGUUUACGCAUGUCCUACUUCAAACGGAGGUACCACCGCUGAAGCCCUCAAGGACCGUGAAGAUGGUCUCACGGGCAAGUACUACUAUUGA